GCAGUUCGAGUUGCACCAGUAAUAAGCAGUAAUUAGCACCGUGUGAAGCAGGGUCAGAGCAGACUAAUGUAAAAAAUACAGACAACUAAAUCAAACGUAGGUCACACGACGCUGCCGGUGGCGUCUAACGAAACAUUUAACAUUUUAUUUCCAUCGUCGUGUGGCUAUUUUGUCUGGCGUCACUGCUGUAGCCAGUGUUAGCAUUUUUUUUUUUUUUAAAAAGCGGCGUAAAGGGAGGGGUGUUCGUCCUCCGCUCUGUGCUGUUAUAAUAUAUAUAUUUAUUUAUUAUAAUACCAUUGCAGCUGAGCGUCAGUCCACCUGGUGUGCAUCCUCUGCUCAGCUGAGGCUCUGGGCUUCAUGCGGGUUGCUGGCACGGUGUUAGAAAAUCAGGGUGGAGCACAUCGGAGGCGACUGAGUUUGUAUGUGUUGCGUCUUCUCAGCACUCCCAAGUGUCUGCCUUGUUUUUCCCCCUGUUUUGUUGUUUUCUUUUAACCAGUGGAUGUGUGGUUGAGUGUGAGGGGAAUCUGUGGACCGAGGGCUCACACCGGGACGACUGUGAACCAUCGCGGGGCUCACCGGGGUUGUGCACUGAAUCCGACAGCCGUAAUUUCGAGCAACCUUUGUCGUGGUGUCGGAUAUAAAGACUCGGUUAAAGCCUGGACCCUCGGCUGAUUCACGUCCCACAGCCACGCCUGUGAUGACCGCGGUGCAGCCGGUCAGGUGGACUGACGGGAUAUUGGUUGAAAUUGUUUGUUUUUGACAGCAGUGUUGAAAAAUAACAAGCGGCUCUGUGCUCUGCUCUCAGAUGCAGUGUAGACUUGGGUGGUGACCGGUCUGCAGGCUCUCCACUUCUCUAGUCCCUGGAGUCAGGCAGCUGGGGGGGCAGAUUCCUGCGUUCCCCUUCACUCCGUCUGAGUCUGUCUGUCUGGACAAAACCGACUGCCCGCCACUGGAGUACACAGCUCGUCCUCGCCCGUGUUGCUUGGAUCAGCACAGCUCAUCUCCUGACUGAGGAGAGCGAAGCAGCUGCACAAGAUUCACCUCCUACUGACCGAUCCCUCCCGGCCCCGCCCACACCGCCCCGUCACCAUGGUGCUGUCACAACGGCAACGAGAUGAACUAAAUCGAGCGAUAGCCGAUUAUCUACGUUCCAAUGGAUAUGAAGAGGCAUAUUCCACUUUCAAGAAGGAGGCGGAAUUAGAUAAUAAUGAAGAAUUGGAUAAGAAGUACGCCGGCCUUUUGGAAAAAAAAUGGACUUCAGUCAUCAGAUUACAAAAGAAGGUGAUGGAACUUGAAUCCAAGCUGAAUGAAGCGAAGGAGGAGAUCACUCUGGGUGGGCCCGUAACUCAGAAGCGCGACCCCAAAGAGUGGAUCCCACGCCCACCAGAAAGGUACGCGCUGAGUGGCCACCGCAGUCCAGUCACCCGCGUCAUCUUCCACCCAGUCUUCAGUGUCAUGGUGUCUGCUUCUGAGGACGCGACAAUAAAGGUGUGGGACUACGAGACAGGAGACUUUGAACGCACACUGAAGGGCCACACAGAUUCAGUGCAGGACAUCUCUUUUGACCAGACCGGCAAACUGCUAGCAUCCUGCUCUGCAGACAUGACUAUCAAGCUGUGGGAUUUCCAAGGCUUUGAGUGUAUCAGGACCAUGCACGGACAUGACCACAAUGUUUCGUCUGUAGCCAUCAUGCCCAAUGGAGAUCACAUCGUUUCUGCCUCAAGGGACAAAACCAUGAAAAUGUGGGAGGUGGCAACUGGCUACUGUGUGAAGACCUUCACGGGCCACAGGGAGUGGGUCCGCAUGGUGCGGCCCAACCAGGACGGCACACUGCUUGCCAGCUGCUCCAACGACCAAACGGUGCGCGUGUGGGUCGUGGCCUCCAAAGAGUGCAAGGCUGAGCUGCGAGAGCACGAACAUGUGGUGGAGUGUAUCUCUUGGGCACCGGAGAGCGCCUACCCCACCAUCCAAGACGCCACAGGCUCUGAGUCCAAGAAGAGUGGUAAGCCAGGCCCCUUCCUGCUGUCUGGCUCCAGAGACAAAACCAUCAAGAUGUGGGAUGUUAGCAUUGGCAUGUGCCUUAUGACACUGGUUGGCCAUGACAACUGGGUGCGUGGCAUCCUUUUCCACCCUGGAGGCAAGUUUAUUGUGACCUGUGCAGAUGAUAAAACCUUAAGGAUCUGGGACUACAAGAACAAGCGCUGCAUGAAAACCCUGUGUGCCCACGAACACUUUGUUACCUCUCUGGAUUUCCACAAGGCUGCUCCCUACGUGGUCACUGGGAGCGUAGAUCAAACAGUAAAAGUGUGGGAGUGCCGCUGAUUUGGACCUUGGAGGAUUGGACCACCACCCCAAUUACCCAGGCGCUCCUCUGGAUCCUACCUUCCCCUCCUGCCAUCCCACCUUCCCUUUCAUCCCACCUCCCCCUUCCCCUCCCACCUCCCCCUCCCCCU